UAUUAGUAUAAAAAAAAUAAUAAAAUAGUAAAAUUUAAAAAUGGUGCGUAGUUUGUAUGUGUAGGUGGGAAAAAAAUGGGAAAAUUCGAAAGGGAAAAAGGCGAAAAGACUGUCACAGAGCGACACCAUUGCCAUCUUUUCCACCUUACGACGUUUCCGUUUUCCUCCAAGUCCCGUUUCGGAGGGUUGGAAUCUCUUCGUUCUAAUCCCACUAUAUUUUCCGUUAUGUAUUUAUUUUGUGUUGGAUUAUCCGCCGAUGCUGUUCUGGUGUGUGAUGAUCAGUUUCUUUCCCGAUAAUUGUAACCGAUUGACGCUGCAUAACUGGAUUCCUGGGUUCUAACUUACGUUUUUUGACAGCUCAGGUUUGUAUAAUUUGACUUCAACUAUGAGCGGAGGCGGAGAAGAAGAUCAAUUCUUUGAAACGCGUGAUGACAACGCCUCUUCUGCAUCUGAUUUGGGUUCCGAUUGUUCAGAAUUGUAUGUGAAUUCUGGGCUUGACAAUUGUGCUUUGGAGUAUGACUUUUGGACUAAAGAGCCAGGUAGUGUAAAUGAGAGACGUGAACGGUUUCUGAGAUGGAUGGGUUUGAGCCCAGAUUGCCGUGGGAUUGGUGAUGCUGAAGACGAAGAUUCGUAUCAUGAUGAUGUAAAAAGGAAUAUUGACAGAUUGAGUGAUGAUGGAGCGUCAGUGCUGGCUAACUUGGAUGCUGACAAGCAGUUCUUCUCAUCUCGCUCGUUGCAGUCCUUGCAGUCGCACGAGACCACGCAUUUACUUCAAAAUGGUGGUGCUGAGGGGAAUCUGAGCUUAAUGAAGAAUGACGACAAUGGAACAGAAUCUGUCAUGGAUGAACUGACUGAUGAGGAAUAUCUUUCAACAUCUCUUGACUUUGGUGCGGACAAGAUGAUAUCACUGGACGAGUUUCAUAAAACACUAGGCUCAUCAUCUUUGGUGCAGCAGUUGUUGAUGAAAAAGUGUAAGAAGUUGAACAUGGUUGAUCGAAGUAAGAAAAGUAACUGGCUCCAGAAAUUUAAUUCAGUUAUCCAAAUUGUGGAUAGGGCAAAGGGGUUACUCAGUAAGGCAGAGAUGACAAUGGGUGAAUCUACUACUCGAAGAGUUCGUGUCAGUUCAUGUAAAAAGAACUCAAAAGAACUGUCAUCUCUAUACACCGGGCAGGAAUUUCCUGCACAUGAAGGUUCCAUCUUGACCAUGAAGUUCAGUCCUGACGGGAUGUAUCUUGCUAGUGCCGGGGUGGAUGGUGUUGUCCGUGUGUGGAAGGUUCUUGAAGACGACCUUACAAAGAAAUUUAGCCCUCAUGAUAGUGAUCCUUCGUGUUUAUACUUUUCACUCAAUGACUUUUCCAAGUUGGCACCUCUUGAUGUCCCCAAUGGGGAUGAACAUACGAAUAGCUUGAACAAAUCUUCUGACUCAGCAUGUGUUGUUCUUCCACCAAAGGGCUUUCAGUUAUCGGAGAAACCUCUUCACGAGUUUCACGGACACAAAGGGGAGGUAUUGGCACUCUCGUGGUCCAAGAAUGGGCAUUUGCUUUCAUCUUCAGUUGAUAAAACAGCUCGCUUGUGGCAAGUGGGAUAUGAAAAUUGCCUAGGAGUUUAUUCUCACAAUAAUUAUGUCACUUGUGUUGAGUUCAGCCCCGUGGAUGAUAAUAAUUUUAUUAGCGGUUCAAUAGAUGGAAAGCUGCGAAUUUGGGAAGUCCAGGGUGGCAGAGUCAUUGAUUGGACUGAUUUUAAAGAAAUUGUGACUGCUGUGGGAUAUAGGCCGGAUGGAAAGGGAGGUGUUGUUGGCUCCAUGGAAGGUACUUGCCGGUUCUAUGACAUCAUAGAUAAUCGCUUGCAAUUAGGUGAUUCAAUAUGCUUGAAGGGGAAGAAAAAGUUGGCUGGCAAAAAGAUAACUGGCUUUCAGUAUUGUCCAACUGACAUGAGCAAAGUAAUGGUCACUUGUGCUGAUUCUCAAGUACAAAUACUAUGUGGAACAAAUGUCGUCUGUAAAUUCAAAAGUAACCGGAGCUCAGCAAGCCAAAUGCCAGCUGCUUUCACAUCAGAUGGGGAGCACGUUGUAUCAGCCACGGAGGAUUCCAAUGUCCGUGUGUGGAAUUACACCAACCAGGAGCAGAAGUCAUCCAAAGCAAAGAAAGUGUGGUCGUGUGAGAGCUUCCUCUCGCGCAAUGCAUCUGUUGCCAUCCCAUGGUGCGGGCUCAAGCAUAAGCUAGGGGCAUUGCCGGGAAGUAUACUAGGAAAUGGGCAUUUCGAUGAGAAAUUGUUGCUGCAGAAAUUCCAGGCUUCCAUCCCUAUGAGCCUGGGGUAUUUCUUGGAUGCUCUAUACAAAGGAGCUGCGACGUGGCCAGAGGAGAAGCUGCCGAAGUCGAACCCUAUUCCGCUGAAGCCAUCAGUGUGCAAAUCGGAUUUCAAAUUCUUGAAGAAUGCAUGGCAGAAUGCGUUCAAUUCGCCAAAUUUGUGGGGGCUUGUGAUUGUGACUGCAGGGUGGGAUGGAUGCAUUAGAACAUUUCUCAACUAUGGUUUGCCUAUAAAGUUUUGAGAGCAAAUAUAUAUAAAUAUGUAUCGACAAUUAAUUUUUUUGUAGAUGGUGCUGGUCAGGCAAAUGUUGUAAAAGUGUUAACAACAAUACAGUGUAGUGAAAUAGUAUUAUUUUAUUAUUUUUUUGCAAAA